AGAAGAAGAAGUAGUGUGAUAGUGGAAAAUGAAAAGCAAGUUUUGAAGAGCGCUUGCGCCCAUCCACUAAUGGAAAGGUCGGUCGGUUGGUUCUCUCGGUCGUUGUCGGUGAUCCUUCGUCGCCCCCACCUACCCCCGUAACCGCCCCCGCUGGCACCGUUCGGGUUUUUAGCCGGUGUUCAGGCGGUGUCGCCCACUUCGAGCUCAGUGAGCCGGUGUAUGAGCGCCGCGACGCCUACAGCAGACCAGGUUUUAUUCGUCGUCGACGUCGUCAACGUUCUCGUCGUCGUCGUCGUCGUCGUUGUCGCCGUUGUCAUUGUCGCCGUUGUCUUUAUCGUCGACGGCGUCGUCGGCGUCGUCGUCAUUCUCCUCCUCUUCGUCGUCGUUGUUCCCAUCAUCAUCAUCAUCACAUCAUCAUCAUCAUCAUCAUCAUCAUUGUCGUUGUCUUUAUCAUCGUUGUCGUUCUCCUCGUUCUUGCUUCAUUUUCGUUGUCAUAUAUUUCCAUAACGCGUCAAAUACUAUCGUGCAAUACUUAUCCUUUUCUUUUCUCAUCUUUUCAUCGUUGGACAAGGAACGCGACUUGUCAUCAUCAUCAUCAUCAUCAUCAUCAUCAUCAUCAUCAUCAUCAUGGUUCUCUAUCACGUUAACAAUUUCUAUUACUUUAUCUUAAAGUUUUGAUUGUUAUCCUAAAUCCCGUUGUCUUUUUCGUUCACGAGACCAUCAGCAACCCGUAAUUCAACAACAUUAUCCACCACUUGGCAACUAAUCACUCUACGAUGAUCAUCGUUAUGUCAAGUUGAAUCUUUGCACAUCGUGCAUCAUCAUCAUAAUCAUCAUCCUCGUCGUCGUCGUCUCCUGCAGAUCACAAAUACGCGAACAUCGAGGCAGAUCAAUCAUCCAAUCAAUCGGAGACGUUGGUGUUAAAAAACAAUGUGUUAUUUUCCUAAUGUUUAAUGAAGAUGACGAAAAAAAGGGGGGGGGAAACUAAUGAAUAAAAUGAAGUGCGCGAUUUGACCGAACUGUGUUUAUCUUGAUAUUUAUUCGAAUUGAUAUGAUUAACGCGUAUGUUUCUAACGACGUUUAUAACGUUUUUAACUUGAACAAUGCUCGGCUGGAAGAGAGCAUUCUACGAUACGUGUCGAUAUCAAAGAUAUCCGUUUGAUGAUGAUGAUAAUGAUGAUGAUGAUGAUGAUGAUGAUGAUGAUGAUGAUGAUGAUGAUGAUGAUUUUAUGAACCUGCCGCAGAUAUCUUCAUUUUUUUCUCCAUAAACGGACAUUUUCAAGUAAUUCUUACGGAGUGAAGACGGCUGCUUCGAAAUAAACGGAACAUCAACAUGAUUUUUCCACUCGAAUGGAACAACAGUCUACGAAGAUGUCGCCCUGUUUCAGAAUGAACGUGACAACAGUAGCUCAUGGUGUUGCAAGUACUCUUGCCGAGUUGGUAGGACUCGAGAAUCCUGUAAGAAUGGAUAAAACUGGCAGUGGUAUAAUGGAUGAAGAUCUUGGUGUCUCACCAGUCACCCUAUCACCAGCUUGGUCCAGAGUUGCUAGACUUCUUUUAUUGGCUUCUCUUGCGGUUGGUGGAAGUGUCGGAAACGUUUUCAUGAUAUCGGCAAUUGUUGUCGAAGAACAAUUAAAAAAACGAGGAAACGCGUUUUUAGUGAACGUUGCUUUAGCGGACUUAUUGGUCACUGGUUUUGUAUUACCGGCAUCCGUAAUAGUGAUCUUGGCAGGACACGAAGAAUCUUUAACAAUUUGCCGCGUUGAAAUGACUGCCCAAUCGAUUUGUUUUCUGGUCACCGUGCUAACUUUGACCACGAUAGCUGCCGAGAAUUAUGCUCGUCUUUGUUUACCUGAAAGGUACAACAUUUUAACAACGAGCCGAGUGACAGGCACAUUGAUCGGCAUUUGGGUAAUCGCUGUUAUAGCAGUGAGCCUUCAAUCAUACAUAGAAGACGGACCAGAUUUUUGUUUAAGAAAAUUUGGCGGUAUUACGAUGAAACAAGUAAUUGGUGUAACGAUAUUAAUAGGUUUACCAGCAGUAACAACUAUUUUUCUUUAUGCAAUAUUAAUAUUGUGCGUUAGACGAACAACAAGGGGAUCCUAUAAACCACACAUUACAUAUUCAUGGGAUUACGAAUUAACUAAAGCGAAUAUCUACAGUUGUCUAAUGUUUAUAAUAUUUUGGUUACCAUUUGGUACGGCUGUAUGCAUGAAUUCAUUUCGACCAAUGAGUGCACACGUUUUAUACGGUCUAGCUUGGUUAGCAUUUUCGAAACCAUGUUUCAAUAAUCUAUUAUAUUGUGUUGCAAAUCGACAUUUUCGUAGUGCAUACGUUAAAUUAUUUCAUUAUUGUUGUUGCAAAACUACCGUGAACUUUUCAAGAAGAACUCGUGCCGAAACUGGGAGAAAUCCUAGCGACGUGCGUUUAAGGGUUCACAUCAUCCAUUCUUAUGCGAGUCCAGCUUCCUGUAGACCUACGGUCAACAGACCCAACGGACGUGAAGUUUAUGAACUUUAAAACGGCUUCUUGUUAAACGUUAGCUUUAUUUCCCUCUUCCUCAUUUUGCUCUUCCUCCUCUUAAUAUUUUACGUGCACAACCUUCUUCUUCUUCUUCUUCUUCUUCUUCUUCUUCUUCUUCUACUUCCCCCCAUAAAAAGCCCCUUCCAUAUAAACGUAAAUUACCGAUUGAAAAUGUUUAGUCUACGUUUUUCUACAUUGACAUUACUAAAAUUACGUACAACAACAAUUUUUGAACAAUUGUGUCAAUAUUUU